ACGCGCCAAGUCCCCGACCCCAACCCCCAACACAGCUCGCGCGUCCAUAAAUUUGGAUCCGCCGCCGACGCCUCUCCCUGCCUCCGGCGCGCCCCCCUCCUCCUCCCCUCCUCGCCUCAAACCCUAGCCCGCCCAUGGCGUCGCCGCCGCUCCCCGGCUCUUCCUCCUUCUACUCAAGCGAGGGCGAGCUCGCCUGCUUCCCGUACCCGUCGUUCGAAUGGGGGGGAGCCGGCCGCCGCGUCUCUCCGUACCACCCGCCGCCGCCGCAAACCCUAGCCCAUGACGUCGCCGCCGCCUCCCUCCUGACCCCUCGCGCGUCACCCACCUCGCCUCCGCCCAUCGCGUCGCCGCCGCCUCCUCCCGAGCCCGCGCCCGGCUUUUCCUUCUGCCCGACCGACAGCGAGCUCGUCUCCUUCUACCUCCGCCCAAGAAUCUCCGGCCAGCCCCUCCCGGACGCCACCAAGCAGUUCUUCCACGAGGCAGACGUAUACGCCACAGAUCCGGCCUCCCUCGUCUCCGGCCGCCUGCCAGGCCCGGCGAGGGCUCAAGGCGAGAGCAAGAACUGGUACUUCUUCAGCCUCGUGAAGCCCAGGAGCGCCCAGGACGUCCGCAAGUGCCGGAUCGUCGGAGGAGGCAAAGGCACAUGGAAACAAGAGCGAGGGAAUGACGUCGUCGGCGCCGAGGGCCACGCCGUCGGGCGCUUGGAGAAGUUCACCUACACGCCCAGUCCCAAGGAAGACAAGAAGCCGCCGGAGUGGCUCAUGAUGGAAUUCAGCGUUGGCCAAGAAGACGGCGGCGAGCCGAGGCCGGUUCUUUGCCUCUGCAAGAUCUACCAGAGCCCGCGGUUCCUCAAGUUCGCCUCCAAGAACUCGGUGUCCGCGCGCAAGAGGAAGACGCCGGACGACGGCCCUCGUCUUUCCCCGCCAUCUCUGCACGCGUCUGCGCCCAAGAAGAGCAAGGCCCCCAUGGACGAAUCACCCGCAGCCAGACGGCAGCUCCUGUUUCCGUCGUUGCCCCCUCCAUCAAAUCUGCCGUCGCCCGUCCCUUCGCCCCCUCCUUCCGCGCCAAAUCCCGUGGUGGAACUGGAAGACGACUUCUUGGCGAAGAUUCUUGCGGACCCAGAGAUGAACUGGUCCUGGGAAGAGCUAUCUGCGCCCUUGCCCUGCUCAAUGACGGCAGUGGCACCGGCCCUGCUGGGAUCCUGCCAUGGAAGUCAGUGCGCUUAACAGAGUUCUUGCAUACAACGGCCAUCUCUGAAGAUGUUCACCUCCGGCCUCUCUACUGCUUCAGUCAUUCAAGAUCUCAUCAUACCACUUCGGCUAAGUCACUUAGUUAAACUAGUCACAACCUUUACUGUUACGCUUACUUUGCUUGCUAAAAGCAAACCAUAAGCAUUUUACUCUAUAUCAUAUACUCUACGGCAUCAUGGCUCAGUUUUGGGAGCAAUAUAUCAUGCCAAAUUUUGUAGCUUCUCACCCGAUGGCAGUUACGAGUUACUUUUGACU